GGGAGAGAAAAAGUUUUGAAACUCCACCCUCUUCACUGACUGUAGGCACCAGACGUAGAAGUAGUUCGAGGUCCUGACGAGUGACCGCUGUUUGAGGAAGAGGAGUACAAUAAGGAGUUGUGAUGGAGCAUUGAUACCGACUGAAACUACAGGACCACCGAGCUGGACCAGGCCACGCGCUGAACUCCAACGACCUAACGGAAUUCGCUUUUACUGCGCGCGUCUCACUGGAAAGUAGAGCCGGGCAGGUUUGGAUAGCUCUUCCUGUUACAAAGUCGGCGGUCCUUGCGUUUUUUUAAAUUUUGUUAUAAAGCGCAGCGCAUUGAGUGCGCCUGAUAAGACCGUAAUAAUGGAUACUCUCGCGCAGCGGGGUGCGGGACUUCCCGCGGGAGCGCCGCAGAGUUGCGGCCAGACGCGACUAUUGGAGGUUUGGGCUUAAUAAUGCGAACUUGUCAGCCCUGAAACUCGUCGUAAAACACUGGUUGGCCGGACUGAAUGCUCCUUUUCCUGCUAUUCUUCUCCGCUUCUCAGCACUUCCUGCUUGUGGUGGCCACUGCACUUAAUAGCUAAAAAUACAUAAAUCUCAAAAUGGAAUCGUAAUUUGCAGUUCCACUAGCAAGAAUUAUAGUAUUUCUCAACACACUUCCAUUUUAUUUUUGCCUUUAUACUUUUGGUCUUUCAUAAUAACAACUCAACAGGUGGCAAUUUUAAAAGAGGGAAACAGAGAGAGUAUUUGCCCAUAAUGAGGUGAUGCCAAAGGCUCUAAAGUACAGGCCGAUGAAAUCACAUUGUGCUCAAACCAUUUGUCGGGAAACCACACACCACAUCACUUUCACAGAUAGAAAUUCUGUGUAGACAGUGCUGCCUCUCUGAGCUUUGAUACACUUAGACAUAAUCAAACAAGAGCAGUCUCUUGGCCGGUUCUGCGUUUCCAAUUGUAGAGCUUUGCAUUUCACGUGAAGACGAAUGAAAGACACUUGCUGUUCAGUUAUCUUUGAUUCCUCUCCUGUAGCCCACUUGUUGGUAAAGCUUUUGGAAAAAUUUCACUGGUCCCUGAUGUACCAACAAGAAAGACAGGAAAGGGAGGGAGGCUCAAUAAAGUACUCCUUUGUACUUUAUUUUCAAACCCUUGGGGUGCAAAAUCAGAUCCAGCCAAAACAUCUGCUUGAGGCUCCAUGGAGCCACUGAAGAACAUAUUCAGUCGUGGCCCACUGUCGAACUGGAAAAAUUUGGAUCAAUCACAAAAAGGGAACUUCACCAAUCCCGUGUGGACAGCCUUAUUCGACUAUGAGGCGUCCUGUAAAGAUGAGCUCACCUUGCGUAAAGGUGACCUGGUGGAGGUUCUAUCUCUGGACUCUGAGAUAUCAGGGGACGAGGGCUGGUGGGCGGGUAAGGUCAACAACAAAGUGGGCAUCUUCCCAUCCAACUAUGGCUCCUUCAAGCCAAAUGGAUAUGGGAAACUUCCGGGCAGCAGCGUGGUUGGCGAGCUUAGCCCAGCUGUGGUGGGAGAGUUCGAACCUGAGGUGGUGGAUUUCCGGGAGCUGAGUCUGGAGGAGGUCAUCGGUGUCGGGGGCUUCGGCAAGGUGUAUCGUGGUACAUGGAGAGGCGGGCUGGUGGCCGUGAAGGCAGCUCGUCAGGACCCCGAUGAAGACAUCAGCGUGACGGCUCAGAAUGUGCGGCAGGAGGCGCGUCUGUUCGCCAUGCUCACGCACCCAAACAUCAUUGUCCUGAAAGGUGUCUGCCUGGAGGAACCCAACCUGUGCCUCAUCAUGGAGUACGCUUCAGGUGGGCCGCUGAGCCGGGCGCUGGCAGGGCGCCGCAUCCCACCACACGUCCUGGUUAACUGGGCCGUGCAGAUAGCCAAAGGGAUGUUGUACCUGCACAGUGAGGCCAUCGUCCCCGUCAUCCAUCGGGAUCUCAAGUCCAACAACAUUCUCCUGGCUCAGCCCAUGGAGAAUGAAUGUAUGGAGGGUGUGACGUUGAAGAUCACCGACUUCGGCCUGGCGAGAGAGUGGCACAAGACCACCAAGAUGAGCACCGCUGGCACCUACGCCUGGAUGGCCCCGGAGGUCAUCAAGGCUUCCACAUUCUCCAAAGGCAGCGACGUCUGGAGCUAUGGUGUUCUGCUGUGGGAGCUGCUAACAGGAGAGGCGCCCUACAAAGGGAUCGAUGGACUUGCCGUCGCCUACGGAGUCGCGGUCAACAAGCUCACGCUGCCCAUCCCAUCCACAUGCCCCGAACCCUUUGCUCAGCUCAUGUCAGAGUGCUGGGACCAGGACCCCCACCGCCGACCCAACUUCUGCUCCAUCCUGGCCCAGCUGACGGCCCUGGAGCAGCAGGUGAAGGAAGAGAUGCCACAGGACUCCUUCCACUCCCUGCAGGAGGACUGGAAACUGGAGAUCCAGGACAUGUUUGAUGAACUCCGGGCUAAAGAGAAGGAGCUGCGUUGCCGUGAGGAGGAACUGAAGCGGGCGGCUCUGGAGCAGAAGUCCCAUGAGGAGUUCCUGCGGCAGCGCGAGCAGCAGCUGGCCCAGUGGGAGCAGGACGUUUUCGAGCGCGAACUCAGUCUCCUCAUCCUCCACCUGAACCAGAACCAGGAGAAACCCAACGUCAAGAAGAGGAAGGGCACCUUCAAGAAGCACAAGCUCAAGAGCAAGAAUGGCGAGAAAAUCAGCAUGCCCCAAGAUUUCAUCCAUAAGAUUACAGUGCAAGCAUCCCCAGGCCUGGAGAAGAGGCGCAACUCUCCUGAUUUGGGUUCAGGCUCCUCGCCCUCCUUCGGCCCACGUUUACGUGCAAUCCAACUCAGUCCCAGUGACAACAGCAAGAAAUUUGGGCUGAGCCCAGUCUGGCCUCUAGAAACAACUUCUCUCAAACAAGCCAAUGGAGACCUGAGGUUGUGCCCCCACUGGAGGCCCCAGAGCCCGAAAAGUCCCAAAAGCCCCAAAGUCCUGCGCCUUAGCCCCCAGGAAAGCAGUCUUUCGAUGAGAGCCAAACUCCUGGGGUCGGACAGCAAUGAGAGCAGAGAGUCCAAGGAGGACUUUGAGGAGUACAGACCCUCCACCCCGACACCUCCCCCUGCUCACAGCGGCUCGUCAGUAAAGGACAGCCUGUGGCUUCCUCUACCUCAGGGAGAAUCGGGCAGCGAGGAAUGCGGUUCCUCCCCAGCUGGCUCCCCUAGGGCUGAAAGGGGUUCCCUCUGUGGCCUGAUUAAGAGCACACACAGGGCCUUGCUCGGAGGUGGCUCCCUCCUGGCGUCAAUUGGACUGGGUCGCUGCCUCGAUAUCCCGCCAAGGGUGCCCCCUCGAACUAACCCCCCUUCUCUAGAGGCCCGCACCCCCUGCGAACUGGAGAUCUCCUCCCCCAGGCCUCUCAUUUCAGACCCCUCAGUAGUGGAGGAUCUCAUCUCCUUCUCCACCUCUGAGCCACUCCCCAGACCCCUCUUGGAUUUAGCUCUGCAGUACCAGGAACUUAAGCCUCUGCCCCUGACUCCACCACCGCCAAACCCCCGUGAGAGAAGUAACCACCGGACCCCACACAGUCCGCAGAGCCCCAGGACCCCCCUGCAGCACGACAAGACCAGCCCAGCAGAAUGGACCCUGAGUGCCCAUUCUAACAAUGGGGAGCUGGUCUGCGACGCCUGGGAACAUCGAGCUGAAAGGAGGCGUAGGUCCAGCCAAGGCCUGCACACCUCCCAGCUAGUUUUGGACCUGCCCUUGUGCCAAGACACACAGGACUCUGACGACAAGCCUUCAGUGCCCUAUUCUCUCCACCCCAACCCUGCCCUCUGGAGCCCCAAAACCCGUCGACUGGAGGUCAGCUUCAUCCCCCGGCCCCGCCCCUCACCCAUCCGCCCCCGCAUUGAUCCCUGGAGCUUCAUCUCGGCCGGUGGCGGUAACUCAGGUGGGGGCCGCAGCCUUAACCGCUUGGACAGCAACACUCUGGGCUACCAGCCCUCCCCUAACAACCCGUUCACCAACUGCGACCCAUUCCCAUCAUCGGACUGUGACCCAUUUGCCCUCAAAGCUGACCCGUCGUGCAGCUCAGACACAGCGUCGCCCUUUGACCCCUUCUUGGCACCCUUUCCGACAUCCCGUUCUGCCCCGUGCUCCACCAACGGCUCGCCCACGUUGCCCUCAUUCCGCAUUGCGCCGCUUAACGCAGCUGACUCGCCACUGAUUGACCUGGGCUGGGCAGCCUGCAGCAAGCCCCUGGAUGGCUUCAAAGAGAGAGCUCACCCUCGCCGGACAAUGGGGCUCAAGCCCUUCAAGUCCCCGACGCAGCUCAGAGACGACAGGUUCUAACCCGGCCUCGUCUGCCGCCUGUGGCCAACCCUCACUUGUGGAUGCUAAAAAGUGUGGUUUUUUUAUCUCAUGAACACAGUCCAGGACUCUUUCGACUACUGUGUCCUACAUCUUAAAGGAAAGAUGGUGUUUGAUUGUGGGAUAGUUCCCUGUGAACCAAUAGCUGGUGCCCAUUUAAUUCCCACUCUCUUUCUCUGUUACUCUGUCCCUUUGAAGGAGCAGAACACAGAUCACUAGUCCCAUUUUCAGAUUCUAUCAGACUGCUCAUAUCACCUACUUUCAUUUCCCUCUACCUUUGAAGCAUUGUGACAAUGCAGAGGUGUAAAAGGUGACUUGCACAGCUUCAUCUGCCUCUACCUCUGCAGACAGAAAGCAUUCAGGACAAUGGAAAAUUGGAGUGCCUUAUUUCGUGAAAUGUUUUUUAAUAUUUAUCUUUUUAAGGUUCAAUGAAUGGAUAAUCUGGUGCGUAGGGAAGAUGCUAUGAAUUUGGCUUAAAUUUGCAAAUCAGUCUUGUGUGUGUGCGUGCAUGCGUGCAUGUUAGUCUUGACUCAUUGUUCAAGGAAAGCUUACUGUUGUUGUUUUUUAAACAGUAUCUGCCCUGUUGCAUAAUGGGAGAAAGCACUCAGAGUAGAUAUUCUUUUGGGCUCAAGGAUUCCAAGACAAAAACCAUGACCCAGGCAUUUCACUUGGAAGCAGAUAACAUUCCAGUCACAUUCCUUGGGAAAUGCCAGGGAUUGGCCAGAUUCAUGGGGCUGGCAGGCAACAGAGCACAGGAAACAAGACGGGGGAGCCCUCUGCAUUCCCUUAGUAUGCCAAAGAAUGCUACUUUCAUAGUGUGAGAGCUGGGACAAUGAGUGUCUGCAAAUAAGUUGCUUUCAGAGUGCCUCUCUCUGUAUCAUCCAGUUUGUCACACUGGAUCAUACAGAGAGAGUUGAGACAAUAGUAUUUAAACUUAACUUCAACAUACUUUUCUGUGGUUAUUUGACACUAUCGAGUCUUAUCGCCACCCGUCCGGUGCUUCAGGAAGGUUCAGCCAAAAAUGAGUAUUGGCAGAUGCUACAGUUCAUUAGUAUGAAUGCUUCAUUUAGUGAUUUGGAAAGUCCACCAGAGUAGGAGUGGCCUCACAAAGCCAGCCAACGACAGGCUAGCCUAUUCCCCCUUGUUUCCAAUCUUUGUGCUAGACUAGGCUAACCUAACCAUUUACCUUACGCACACAGGAGUGGUAUCAAUCUACUCCUCUAACUCUGAGCAACAACAAAAAUAAACCAUGUCCCACUAAGUGGAACAAUUCUUCUUGAGUAACAGGCAUCAGGUAUAAUAAUACUUUUUUAGACAUGCAGGCCGAGCUUGUGAGUUGUAGGCUGGCUUUGCAAAACCUGAGUAUCAGUGCUCUUAAAGUGUAUUCACAAUUUUUUGGUGAGUUACUGUGACGUCAUGUUCAGAUAAUCUCAGAAUAGACGCAACAGAGAGGGUUAAGCAUUGAACAAUAAUACAGGGAGAAAUUCAAUACACAAACUAUAAUUCUUUUGUUCCACCAACAGCAGCCUCAACAGAUCAGAGUGCACGAACUUUGUCUCUUCACCUUUGGCUCACGAUCAUUAUCCUAAGUGAUUGUUCUACAUACUAAAUGUAACAUGUUCAGAUAGUUUCUCAGGGUUUUCUCAAAACGCAUCCUGUGAAAUGUAUGAGGGUCUGCACGUUGAGGGCUGCAUCGAUAAAUAACAAAAUAACUCAUGGAAUGGGUUGAAUAUCUCAGAGUCCAGCCGUAUAACCAUAUCCAAGGCUUUCCUUCGCGGCAGUAGUAUUCUUAUUAACAUAAUUGGUGUAUAGAUCAAGCAUGCAAGCAACUGAAAGAGACCCACUUGCACGUGGCGCAAACUCGUCAUGUUACCCAUGUUUUUAAUUUGAGCAUUACCAGGUAGAAAUACUGUUUGCGUUUCAUCACUGACGCUGUGUCAUUGGAAGACAAUACUGGCUCUGUUCUGAUGAAGAGCAAAAUACCUUGUCUCCAAAGGGGAAAGCUUUGCGAUUAGCCUAAUAAUCCUACUGACGAAUAGAGGAGGUUGGUAGAUAUAAUUAGCCUCUAGAUAAGAGCAGCGAGAAUUAACAAGGCACUCAGAUAUUUGGUUAAUUAAUUUCCCCCCACAUUAUGUAAAUGCCCUGCAUCCUCCUCACAAAGUAUUGUAGCCACUGCCUGCAUCAGCUCACAUCUCGAUCAAAGCCGUUUCCAGUCCUUUUCUCUCUAACCACUGGCUGCUCAGCUGUGGACCGGAUGAAAUCUUCACUGUGCAGGCUCACCUUUUUUCUGUGUCCUUCCCCCUCGGGUGAUGUGGGAGAUAGCUAUCCUUCUUUUUCUUCUUAGUCCCACUCCUUUGCUUCCUUCCUCUCUGGAAACUUUUCUGCAGAGCGUCCAAUUCAGUAAGAAACAAAUGGCUUUUUCAAGGACAGACUAUGCUUGGAAUUGCUCAUUUUACAGAGGGAAUCAAAUUUGUUUGGAAAGGAAACAGGAGCUAUGGCACAUUAAUUUCAUCUUCUACUGGAGAACCAAAGUAAUACUUAUGGGUUACAAAGAGACACAGUGCGCCUUUGAUAUGUUUCAAACAAAGUCGAUUGUUUUGUCGAGUGUUUUGACCAGCCAUAUCAAAAGGCAAAUGUUUUUUGGCAGUUCUGAAUGGCCGCACUGGAAGAUGGGGUGAAACGCCCGCUGUCUUUCAUUAAGAAGCAGGAGAUUUCAUUAAUUGGAAAAUGUGAAUAAUGGAGCACACUCUUUUUGAAAGCAUUUUUGGUGCUGCAAUUCAAUUGGUUGUACGUACAAAACUUGAUGGAAGUAGCAUUAAAAAAAAUUCUAGACAUGUCAGGGGUUAAGCAGCGAGCUUGAGAGAGUUCAUACGUCGCCCAUUUUGCAAUUAGAGUGUAAAAUGGACCUGUGUUGGAUUGUCUGUUUCAGAAAGCUGCUUUGCAAAUGUAAUUUCUUUUGGACUAUCGAGAUACACAUACAGACAGUAACCCCUUGGAUGUAAUAUCACCACAUAGCAGUGUAAUGCAUAAGAUUUGAGAGACUAUGGGGGUUGGAUGCCAGUCCCUUUAGGGUGGUCCGGGGGGAAUGCCCCCCCGGAAGAAAAAUGUGUACAUUUUAAAGUUAAAUCCAUCAAUCUGGUGAACUUUGAUAUCAAUUUAGGAGCUAGAUUUAAAAGAAAUUUAUGCUCUUGUAAACAAUUUUGUCCUGUAGAUUUACAACCUAUACAUAUGUUGUAUGGACACUGAUCCCCACCCACAUACAACUACACAACAGGGGGGAAAGUAUAGCUUCUUUUGAAAAUAUCAUUAUUUGCAUACAAAUAAUAACAGAACAGAACAAAUAACUGAAAUUAACAAUUAAUUAAAGUUAACAUAAAUAUUGAACUUGUAUUUUGAGGAAAAGUAGCAAUUUGUAUGAAGUUAUGAACAGAUUAUUUCCUGGGGGUAUUGCAAUAUAUCAGGUGAUUUUUCCUCAUACAUUUAAGACCAUAAUUCACGUUCACAACUGAACUUUGAUUAAACAGGUGACCAGCUGCAGCAGCGUGGCGUCAGUCACCGCAGCUCAAUUACUUCGGGUCACGUUUUACCAUUUCAAAAAGAAAAGUGCAACCAGCAACACCACAGGCCAAACAGAAUGGGCUCUUCACUAGUAAUGUUAAAAAGAACACGGCUCUCAGCUCCUCGCCUCACUCAGUCUGGUAAAAGUAAAGUAAUGUGAUACAAAUCGUUGUUUGAGCUACUCACUGGAACCAAUGCACCACAUAAAUGUGUGUGUGUGUGUGUGUGUGUGUGUGUGUGUGUGUGUGUGUGUGUGUGUGUGUGCUUCGCGCUUGCUACUGCAGUGCUUUGGGAGAGCGGGGCCCAAAUAUUAAGCCAUAUAUUGUCUCUGGCUUUGACCAUUUUUAAGUUUGUCAAACACGGACUUGCGUAAAAACAAAAAUCUAAUUUAAAAAUGGGCUAAACACUCCACUGAAGCCACCAUUGGACGUGAGCUGUGUGGAUCCUCUUUAAGUUUAAUUUAGAAGUUGUCUCUCCGUGCCCUCUCGGACGUGACAAGUGAUGAAUUAUUGACUUGUCUCUUUGUGUCAACGCACAAAGCCAUUAAGCUCAGAGGACUGUAAUUGUCAACAGAGCUCUUUGAGCAAAAAAGAAAGGCCACACAAAAGGAAAUGAAGAUGAUUGUAACGUGUGGCAGAUUAUUUCUGUCACAAAUACAGCAUGUGUCAAGUAUCCAGUUCAACCUGCCACUCAUGUUUUGUCUAUAUGUUGUCUCAGCACUCACUUUAAUUUUCCCUCAGACCUGAUCCUGACAAGCGUUACCUGCCAUUAUCCAUCAAGGGCGCGCACCAAGAGUAAUUGACUAUAUGACAUGUUACUUGCAGCAACAGUAGUAACUAUGCUUUGCACAUCUAAUUAAAUUAUUCCCUUUAGUUAGAGUUGGGAAUUUUUUCCUCCUGGUAAUGAAUUGUGGAAGUGGUUCAUCUGAAAUGGUGAGAGCCUCCCUGCAGCAAAAUGACCUCUAGAUGGAAAUAUGUAAAAAAAAAAAAGAAAAAAAGAAGAAUUUGAGAAAAAACAUUUUUGGGGUUGUUGACCGGGUCACAUCUGACGGAUGACUCAUUCGUAGUUUUGGGUUUUGUCUGUCAGGAACAAUAGCUGCCACCCAUUUGCCAGAGUUGACAGCCAGCACUCCCAUAAGAAACUCCUGAUGAGUUAUUUGUUACUCUGCACUUCCAAGCAUUGCCCCAUCCAUCACUGCAAAUCAACAUCCCCGCCACAAGCUGAAAGGGAGAAUGGAAGUGAAUUCUCUACAGGAGAGAGCAAUAUCUGGCCAACAGCGAUACCCUUUAAGGCUCCACAGCGGCAGGGCACAGGGAUGAUUUGAUGAUCUUAAUUCAAAGUUCAAGCUCAGACCAUUGCCUAAAUCAGCAAAUGGCAAAUCAUCAAUACAUUACAUGAAUAAAAGCUAAUGAGACGACACAGUGAAGGAACUCAAGGCCAUGACCCUUAUCAUGCCAUGAGGAUACUUGUUAGUGGUGGUUGUGUUCUUCAAUUUCCGAGCCAUUAUCCACAAGGGGAAAAAAACAUGUUGCAAAGUUUGCUGGCUCUAUGAAAGAGUAACGGUGAAAAGUGUUGCCAAAUGUCACCAUCCAUUAGGGUCACUUUUAGGGUCACAAACUUUAAGCUACAGUGUGUAAUAUUUAGAAGAACUUAUUUACAGAAAUUGAAUAUAUUGUCCAUAACUAUGUGCUCAUAUAUGUAUUAUCACCUGCAACAAAGAUCCAAUUUUUUUUCGUGAACUUUGAAUUAAUUAAAUAUAGUUACAUUGGGUGGUCCCGGCUUCCGUGUAAGUCACCAUGAAGUGAAAAUCAGCGGUGUGCUACCAUAAAGUGCCCCAUCAAAUAUUUGGUUAUUUUACGUAGGGACAUCACCCUAUAAUGCUAAUAUAGUCUUGGUUAAUUAUUUUGUGAGAUCAUUGAUAGAAUAAAAAGGAAUUUAAAGCUUUAUACAUUUCCUUUAACCUCCGCACAGUUGGCAAAAAGCAAAAGGAUUUUAUGUUUUUCCUUUGACUGUUCCGUUGCAAAACCAAAUGAAAGCUCAAUUUAUUUUGCUCAUCUAUUUAUCUAUCAUUUGGUCAUUUGAUGUUUCCUAGGCUAGCUUACCUGAAUUCACUGGUUGCCAAAUACACUGAGCAUCAGCCUUACCAGUUUCCAGCUUUUGUUAGCUACUUCGUUGAUGCUAACUUCAUAAAGCUUUAUAUUUUUAACAUCCGAUUUUAAUCAUUUGUAAGUCUGUCUGGACAAACCGUCUGCUAAAUGAAUGUAAUGUAAUUUCCCCUGCAAUAUGUGUCAGGUCAUAUUUUUCACCUUUCUGAUAAUCAUUCAAUACAUUUAGCUAGUUUUGGAGCUACAUAGUGUUAAUCUUAGGCUGAAUCUCAAGGAAUAGUUUUCCGACCUGGAUUGAACUAUCACCCUAUUCUGAUUACUAGAAGUAACAGAAACACACUCUGCGCGUAAACACACCCAUUUGUGCUGCCGACCUCAAGGAAGCCAGAAAGUCGUGUCAGAUGGGGAAUGUGUUUCUCAAAUUGUUGCAGCCCUAGUUAAAGCAUGUUUUCUCUCCUCCAUAAUUACUGGAAAAAUUCAGAGGGGGGAAAACUCAGGCUCAGUACGCCUUAUACAAUGAAUUAUUUCAACUGAUGAAAUAUUACCUCGGCGGUCAGUGAAGAGUAAAUUCGGAAACAUCAAUAUAGAUGGCAUUUUGGUGGCUUCACCCCAUUUACCUUUGCCUGCUUUUGUUCAAUUAAGUGGAUGUUACAAAUAUACCUGGUUAUCAGGCUCAUUACAGCUGUCUCACAGGUAGUUGUCAGUGCCAUUAUUGCUCUUUCUGGCUCAUAUGAAGCUGAAGCAUCAGGCCAGGCCUUUGUUUGGUAUUAACAGGCCGAGACCAAAUGAUCAAAUAUGACCUUUUUUUGACUGUACAGCAAUUGCACAUCCCAAUAGGGAUGUGGACAAAAGCCAUGUCUGCGACAGGCACCUCUAUCAAAGAACAAAUAUUAACUCUAAUUCGUUUCACUCUGCGCAUCCAAGGUCACCAUCUGCUGUCCUCUUUUGCUAUAACAACGAAAACUGAAUGAAUGGGAGCGAUGAAAGGAAGAUCAAUUUGUUUCCAGGACUAGUGACAGCUUUUGGCGCUCUGUUCAGAAAAUAAACAUGGAUUUUUAUCUACGAGAUUAAGUCGGAGGUCCACACACUCAACCCCCCAUCACUCAACAUCAUGCAGCAGCCCCAUGGACUUGAUUAUUGUUCUGCCGAGCUAUUGACAUGCAAUUACCUUGUGAUAUUCCUACAUAGAAGCGGUUCACUCUUUAAAUUUCUAUUUCUAGUUUUGAAUUAGUGAACAGCCCUUGUUUCUCAAUAUAGAUGGAAAAUGUAUUAAUUUUUCUUGUCUGUUUAUCAUUGUUCACAUGUAAACGGAAUUUAUGUUUGGCAUAUUUCCUAAUCAUGUGAUUUAAUUUCUACAAACCUGGUGCAUGAGCUAGUUUGAUUAAAUAAAUUUAUCUGCAUAAAAUUGGCCAUUGCCCUGUUAGUAGCUAGACCCUUUUGCCAGAUCCCUAGCUUGUCUCUUUUGAACUCUCAACAUCUCCGAUGCCUCAAUGUCCAAUCAGGGUGUGAAGAAAAUGUUAUGAAGUGUCUACAGCGACUAAAUGUCAAUGAACAUUCAGGUCCUGGAUUAGAGCUAAGAUUACUGCUGACACUUACCCAAUGAACGUCUUUUAAGGCACAGAUUGAAUUCAAGGUCUAGUAUUUGACUGCAGCUUGAGGGUAUUUAACAGUAGGGGGUCUCUUUCAGGUGCUCAUGCUUGGGCUUAACUGAACUCUAAAUGAUCCAACGGUAAUUCUAAAUGGUUUGGAUGGUAUAAAUCCCCAGGACUCACUGGUCAAAUCUCUUCCAAGCUAGGGUCAUUUUCAAAUUUAUAAACAUAUUUAUAAAUAGCAAUCUUUUUACACACUGGAUUAAAACUAUUAUUCUUUAUAGAUGGCAAUGGACGCAGUCUACAUUAAGAUGAUGAAUGGAUUGCUUCAUAUGAACAAAACAUUUUAUAGGUUUUCACUGGAGUAUUUAAGAUGCAUGUAUGGGUGCUUCACGUGGCAGAUUAAUUUAACAUUCCAGUUCUCCGAUUUGACCAAACUUGACCAUAAUGAUUCCACUACAAUCCGCAGUAUUUUCGUGUAGCAGAAGUUUCAAGACAAUUGCCUCUCAAGUAAGGGCUUGAAAUCUGGUUCUUUGUGUACUUUGUUGCAAAAUCUAGAAUCUAAAUUGCGGUCAAAUGUCCCCUUGGGGCACCCAUAGUGAAUUUCUUAUGUGCAUAAAACUGCUAGGGGGAGAUGAUGAUUUUGUUUUAAGCUGUAGGCAAGAAUUGCCUUCUCUCUGUCUUUGUAUCUAUUUGCUUUUAAUUGUAACUGUUCAAGAUCCAUUUCCAUGUUUUUUGUGUGUUUUUUUACAACCUAGGCGAUGUGAUAACGAUAUUGUUGCAUUGCCCUGGCAGACAUUUUUACAUCUCUCUGAGAACUGUCUCUGCUCAUUUGAGUGCGAGGUUUUUGCGGUAAUCGGGCUUUGGAAAUUCGUUACUGUUGCAUUUUUGUGAAAUCUCGCACUGGGCUGGGCCUAAUCAAGUGUUUUUAUUGUUUGUCAAGAGGAUUAUAUCUGUAUACAGUAUGUGAAAAGGUGUUUUAUUUCUCUUGACUAUUAUAAUGGGUUUUAACCUGUGGGGGGAAAAAAACAAUGGAAAAAGUUUAAAAAGAGAGAAGACCAAAUAAAAUGUAACACUCCUGA